AUGGCGCUGCGCUUCUCCGCCAACCUCUCAUGGCUCUUCCCGGAGCUCCCGGCGCUGCCGGCGCGGCUGGAAGCGGCGGCGGCCGCCGGGUUCGGAGCGGUGGAGGCGGCUUGGCCGGCGGGCUGCCCGGCCGAGGAGCUGCGGGCGGCGGCGGAGCGGGCGCGGGUGCGGAUCGAGCUCCUCAACACCCCCCCCGGGGACCCGGAGGCGGGCGAGCUGGGGCUGGCGGCCGUGCCCGGGCGGCAGGCAGCCUUCCGGCAGGGCCUGGAGGCGGCCGUGCACUACGCCAGGGCUGUGGGCUGCCGCAGGAUUCAUGUGAUGGCUGGGCGGGUUCCCUUGGGCACAGACCGGGCUGCAGUGGCAGGUGAGAUGGAAACCACCUUCAUUGAGAAUCUCAAAUACACUGCUGACCUCCUGUCCCAGGAAGACAUGAUUGGACUGUUGGAGCCUAUCAACAACCGCAUCACUGACCCUCGCUACUAUCUGAACACCCCACACCAAGCUGCUGCCAUCCUGGAGAAAGUGGGACGCCCCAAUCUGAAGCUGCAGCUGGAUCUUUUUCACUGCCAGAUCAUGGAUGGCAAUUUGUCACGCAACCUGGAGACGUACUUCCCACUCAUCGGUCACAUCCAGAUUGCACAGGUGCCAGGGCGGCACGAGCCCGAUAGCCCUGGGGAGCUGAACUUCCCCUACAUCUUCGAGCUCCUGGAGUCCCUCGGCUACACUGGCUACGUGGGGUGCGAGUAUGCUCCAAAGGGAGACACCCUGGAAGGUCUGGGCUGGCUGCGAUCCUACUGGGAAAGCCGAGGGCUGCAGCACGGUGGGACCAGCAAGGCAGCCAAGUAAAACGAG